AUGUCUUCCGCCGUGCACACAGACGGUACCAAGGGUGCAUGCACUGACUGCGGACCGCGCCAGGUUUGGUCUGGAAAGAGCAAGGUGUUUCUUUCGCCUUCGGUGGUGUACGUUCCCCGACAGCGUUUCGAAAAUGCGUCGUGCGAACGCUGGCGCCGAGAAGCUGUGGCGCUUCUGAGUGACGCAGCGGGCGCUUCCGAGCUCGCUGGUGACGUAUGUUCGCUGCUCAGCGAAGAUGAUCGGCACGCGGCGCAGUACUUGUGUGCGCAGAGCCCACGACCGGGGGCAACCCGCACGUAUGCGGGCGCUCCUGCCGGAGAUGCCUCGCCACGUGGCAAGUCUGCGCGCUCGCCGGAGUCUUCGUCCACGCUGUUCCCUCUUCCAGCGUUGACGUCUAGUCAGUGCUCAAGUAUUUCGAACGAUGUUGCAACUUGUAGCCAAGAAACGAGCGCACGCACGACUGCAUACUGGCCAGCCCGAGUCUACCAAUCCCAGCGCGUGUCGCCUGGCGCGGUCGAAGCGACCCCAAUGGCUGACGCUUGUGAACCUCUAACCCAGGCGACGAAGAAGCGACGAAGACUUGGUUGCGGUUCAUUCUCAUGUGCGGCAGCGCCGGUGGGCUUGUCGUCGACGCCCGUGUCCAUCGAAGCAGCAUCGAAACUCGGUUUCAAUGCUGGAGCAGGGCACGGGUUGCAGCGUGCUUCCUCCGCGCUGCAGUGGCGAUUCCAGCCGCUCGAUGCCCUGCGUCGUCGUGAGACCGGCAUUCUGCCCGAACAUGCGUUGCAUCGACAAACGCUCUUGUGCCGCUUUCGCGGCCUCCGUCUCCGCGAGACCUACGACGCCAACGACAGCAACCGGAGCUUCUCGCUUCCGUUGCUUCAACGGCGUGCCGGCGUGGUAGAAAUCGUCGCUUUCGGCGAUCUGCUCUUCACCUUGACGGCCAACGGGGUCUGUACAGCGUUCCAGACUGUUACACGAAAGCGUCUCUGCUGCUUGAACCUGAGCCCUGAUGAAGUCGUGCGCUCUAUCUUCCUCAACAAGGCCAAUCGAGCGCUCAUCACUGUCUCCGUGCGGCACGAAGAUCGCUUCCUGCGACUUCGUUGUCGCAGCAUCCCGAUGGACGCCAUCGCGCGAGGCCAGCCUGAAGACAGCAUCCCUAUCUUUACGAGCGAAUGCCUCAGUUGGCCGGGGUUUGUCGAAUUUGACGAUGUCAACGGCAAGGUGCUUACCUUCAGUGCCAACGAUCGCAGCUACACAGUAUGGGACCUGACAACCUACCAAAGCCUCUACCGGAUCGCGUGUCGCUCUAUCGCCGAGAUCAAGGUGUCACCGGGCGUGAUGUUGCUCAUCUAUCAGCGCGUCGGAAGCCAUGUGCCGCUCCAGUUUGUGGAUAUCGAAACCGGCGCCGUGCGACAUGAACUCUUUUACUUGCUGAACCGAUCUCGCAAGAUAGAGUUCAUCGAGCUCUUCCACGAUCGCCUGCUGGUGAAACAGGAGGGCGUGAACCUCCGUAUCGUCGAUCUGCGCACCAGUACGGAGCAGGAGCUUCUCGGUUCACAGCACCUGACGCCUCACCAUUUCAUCUUUCUGUACGAGACCAAAUUGUUUCUUGUCUUCCGGGAUCAGGAGAUUCAGGUUUGGGACUUUCGUGCUCGACCCGUUGUUCAACGGCUCUCGAGACAGCAUCCGUCCCGUGCCAUCUCGGCAGCAGCGAACAAUACCCUCUACAUAUCCGCUGCACAGGAUAUUUUGGUAUCUUAUCAGGCAGCGAGCGACGCGAAUGAGCAUCCGCGUGACGACGAUCCGGACGCAUCCGACGCUGACCCGAAUACCGCAGUGACGCCGCAGUCGUCGUCGACGUCGACGUCCAUGGAUGGAGCACCUGUGCUGGGUCCGACACCUGACGCAAGCGCCACUGCCCCAGGGGAUAGUAGCGCGUCAGGGGUGCGUCCGCAGGUACGACCUGCGCUACCAUCGCUCGCCAAAGGAACACCGACGUUGCAGGCACCCUCUUCGACGAGCGAUCACCAGUUCGCAUCGGUACCCGGUACUAGCUCCAGUGAACGGUUGCGAGCUGGUCAACUGCAGCGUCCGCUUUCGGAGAUCUACGACGUCCACAGCGGCUCACUCUGGAUCGCACACAUUCCUACCGGACUUUGCCUAGGCCGAAUCCGGGCGCAUCGUGACUCGUUCGAGGAACGUCGAGCGCUCAGUGACGUGACCGCUGUCUACUACCACGAGGAUCGCAACGAGAUCUAUAUAGGUGGGCGCUCUGGAAGCGUUCACCGAUGGGCGGCGUAG